GCGUUCCGGACGCCUGGGCCCUCCCCGGCGGGGCCGGGCCCGGACGCCUGGGCCCUGGGUAGCGGCGAGCGCCUCGGACGCCUGGGCCCUUUCCGGCGGUGGCGAAGGCCGGCCCGGACGCCUGGGCCCCGUCUGGCGGCGCCGCUCCGGGACGCCGGGGCCCCUUUCUGCUGCCGGAGAAGCCGCUGCCGGACGCCGGGGCCCUUGUCGCGGCGCUGGGGGAGCGCCGUCGGGGACGCCUGGGCCCCGCCGCGCACCGCGGGCUCCGGGACGCCGGGGCCCCCCCUCCCGCGGCGUGACUCAGUUUCGGCGGCGGCGGCGGCCCGGAAGGGGGGGGCGGCCGGUCCCCCCCCCCCGCGGCGCUUCCUGGGCGGGGCGGCGCCCGGUUAAAGCGCGCGGCGGCGGCGCCCGGUUAAAGCUCGCGGCUCGGCGCUCGGGGCGGCGCAUGGCGGCGGCGGCGCGGCUGGCGCUGCUCGGGGCGGUGCUGCCGCUGCUGCCGGGCGCGGGGCGCGCGCUCUCCACCUGCCGCACGCUGGACCUGGAGCUGGCGCGGCGGCGGCGCGUGGAGGCGAUCCGCGGGCAGAUCCUCAGCAAGCUGCGACUGGCGGCGCCGCCCCCCGCCGAGGCUCCCGCGCGGCCGCUGCCCGCCGAGGUGGCGGCGCUCUACAACAGCAGCCGCGAGGCGCUGCGCCGCCGCGCCCCCCCCGCGCCGCCGCCCGACGACUACUACGCGCUGCAGCUGCACCGCUUCCCCGCCGAGCGCGGCCCCGGGGAGGGGCCGCUGGAGCGCUGGCAGCCCACGAGCCACAGCACCUUCUUCGUGUUCAACAUGUCGCGGGUGCGGGCGGAGAUCGGGCACGAGGCGCUGCUGCACCGGGCCGAGCUGCGCAUGCUGCGGCAGCGGGCGGCCGCCGAGACGCUGGGCGCCGAGCAGCGCCUGGAGCUCUACCAGGGCUACGGCAACGCCUCGUGGCGGUACCUGCACGGCCGCUCGGUGCAGGCCACGGCCGAGGACGAGUGGCUCUGGUUCGACGUCACCGACGUCGUGCACCAGUGGAUCAGCAGCAGAGAGCCCCUGGGCGUGUUCAAGCUGAGCGUGCACUGCCCCUGCGAGGGGGGGCCCGGCGGCCCCGAGGACAUGAAGAUCACCAUUGAGGGCUUCGAGAAGCAGCGGGGCGACAUGCAGGGCAUCGCGCAGCGGCGGCAGCGGGGGCCCUACGUGCUGGCCAUGGCGCUGCCCCCCGAGCGCGCCAACGAGCUGCACAGCGCCCGGCGCCGCCGCGCCCUCGACACCGACUACUGCUUCGGGACGGAGGAGAAGAACUGCUGCGUGCGGCCGCUCUACAUCGACUUCCGCAAGGAUCUGCAGUGGAAGUGGAUCCACGAGCCCAAGGGCUACAUGGCCAACUUCUGCAUGGGGCCCUGCCCCUACGUGUGGAGCGCCGACACCCAGUACACCAAGGUGCUGGCGCUGUACAACCAGCACAACCCCGGGGCCUCGGCGGCGCCCUGCUGCGUGCCCCAGGCCCUCGACCCGCUGCCCAUCGUCUACUACGUGGGGCGCAAGGCGCGCGUGGAGCAGCUCUCCAACAUGGUCGUCCGCGCCUGCAAGUGCAGCUGACCCCCCCGCCCCCCCCCCGCCGCCGUAUUUAAUUCCGCCUUUUUUUUUUUUGUAA